UUUAAGAACAUUAAUCAUGCUCUUUUAUUCUAAUAUUUUAAAUGUGAUUAGUUAUUUGUGCAGUUUGUUAAAUCUUCCCAGACAAAAAGUGUUUCUCACUGUCCCAUUGAUGUUAAUUGAAUUAUGUGUCAUCAUAAAUAAAAAUUCAUAAUUUUCCAUAUGAUAAUCCACUGUAAUUUUCGGUUUGUAGGGUGUAAACUCUAUUUAAUUUUUUAAAUUGUUUUAUUUUUAUUUUUAAUGUUUUUCGAAAAUAAUCUAAAUAAGAUAUUUUUUAAAAAAAGUUGGAGUAAGUGAAAUUUUUUGGUGGCUUUUCACUUGCUCCUAGCUAAGUGAAAAGUACUGAUAAAAUAACGACACAUAUUUUAAAUUUUACUUACUAAUAUUUCUUUGUUUUUACUUACAAUAAAUAUUUGGAAUACCAAUUAAUUAAUUGUGAAAAUAAUGAGACAGAAUAAUAAUUAUUCUUUUAACAAAAUUUAAUAUCAAUAGAACAUUAGGUGUCACUGCACUAGAGUAUUAUGUGAUUACUGCUUUCUAUAUUUCAAAUUUGUAUUUCGGAGGCUCUGUUUUCCGUGUCGAUUUCUACAUCAAAAUGAUCCCUAAGUUUUAAUGACUUCUUGGCUGUGAUUAACAAGGAACUCUAAAAAUUAUCCCAGAGCAAGACCCAUUUGAAGAGUUAAACGUGUAUUUGUUUUUCUUAAGUUGGAUACAGUAGCCAGUAUUUCAUGACACUAGAUGUUUACCUUAGAUUCUUUAAACUAGUUUCUACUGCCACCGUGAAAAGUUGAAGAAAGGGGUUUACAUUGCCUAAAGACUAUCAUAUUGUGUGGUAUUUAAAUAUGAUGUUUAAUUGUUAUUCAUUCAAUCCAUUGUAUAACUUAUGUGUAUUGAUAAUAGGUUAAAUACUUAUUAUGCUUAGUUAUUGAUAAUAAUUAAAAUACUUCUUUUAGGGUAUUUUAAUGUAAUAUGUUGUAAUUUUCACUUUCAUCAGUUACUCAAUCAAUCAGUUACUCAAUUCUUGUAAAAUUACCGUUGCAGCUUUUGUAAAAAAAAAAAAAUUCUAGGUCUAAAUGGUCAUCUAAACCAAAAACGUUUAAAACAUUAAUAGAAACUGAAAUAUAAGUCAGUACACACUUAUAUAUCCUUAUCAUUACAGCUCAUAUAAAUAUGUUCAAUAACAUAAUCAAGCUAUAUAAAAGUUAUUAGGUCGCAGUCAGUAUGACUUUUAAAAAAAAAACAUGCCCAAAACUCAUAUAGAUAACAUCUUUUUGAGUAUGUAGUAUAGUUUUUUCAUAGAAAGAACAUCUUACUGGACACAAUCACACUCAUACUUUAGAGAAACCUUAUUCUUAUAAUGUAUGUAAUAAGAAAUUUUCAAUGAAAAUGAAUUUAAAUCAACACAAUAGCACACAUAGUAGUGAAAAGCCUUAUUCUUGUGACCUAUAUAAUAAAAGUUUUUCGCGAAAGAGAAUAUUGUCUACACACAGGUAUGCUCUUACUGGUGAAAAACCUUAUUCUUGCAGUGAAUGUAAUAAGAGUUUUUCAAGAAAGUCAAGUCUGACUUUACACAUUCUCAAUCAUACUGGAGAGAAACCAUAUUCUUGUGGUAUAUGUAAUAAAAGUUUUUCAUGUUACACUAUACUCUCUCGGCACAGCCUGGUUCAUACUGGGAAGAAAUCUUUUUCUUGUAAUGCAUGUAACAAAAGUUUUUCACAGAAGUCGCAUCUAACUGAGCACAGUCGCACUCAUACUGGUGAAAAGCCUUAUUCUUGUGAAAUAUGCAAUAAAAGUUUUUCACGGGGGACAACAUUGACUGAGCACAGACGUGUUCAUACUGGUGAAACACCGUAUUCUUGCAGUGAAUGUAAUAAGAGUUUUGUUAGUAAAUCAUCACUGACUUUACACAGUCGCGCUCAUACAGGAGAGAAACCAUAUUCUUGUGAUAUAUGUAAUAAGAUAUUUUUAAGUAAGUCAAUUUUAACUCGUCACUUUCGCAUACACACUGGUGAAAAGCCUUAUUCUUGUGACAUAUGUAAUAAAAGUUUUCCACGUGAAAGUACACUGUCUGUUCACAGCCGGGUUCAUACUGGGGAGAAACCUUAUUCUUGUGGUGUGUGUAAUAAAAGUUUUCCAACGAAGUCAAAUCUAACACGUCAUCAAAGUUGCACUCAUUCUGGUUAGAGUGUCUGAAUUAGAGAGAGAGGCUGACUCGCCCAUCAUUUUGGAGCAAAAACUUUCGCCAAUGCGGAGGAUCUAAUGUAAUAAGAAUUUUGCAACCAAAACAAGUUUAACUAAACACUUUCUCAUACAUACUAGUGAAAAGCCUUAUUCUUGUCACAUGUAAUAAAAGUUUUUCAACGGGGACGACAUUAACUGUGCACUGACGUGUCCGUACUGGGAAGAUGCCUUAUUCUUGCAAUGCAUGUAAUAAGAGUUUUUCAACAAAACCAAAAUUAAUUGAACACCUUUGCACAGGACAGCAUUUAUCCAGACACAGUCGUGUUCAUACAGGUGAAAAACCUUGAUCCUGUAGUGUAUGUAAUAAGA